ACCCAGAGCAUUAUCUAGCGAGAUUUGGUCCUGGAAUAUUGGAUUUGAGCCAUCAAGAGAUCCAGUACUAAGAACAAUGCAGUUAAUGAGGAUCAACAGUCUAUCUCACUACCAAAACCUUCGCAACGAUUGUGUCUUCUUGAUAGUACUAUUUCAUGAGGGCUCAGAACAGGACCACCUCUUACGAAGUGCUGUUGAUUUUUUGCAAUCGGAUACAGAACUUGAACUACCAGAUAUUUACACAGUCGACAUAAAUGAGCAUAAAGAGCUAUGCAAGACUCAAGGGGUGGACACAACAAUGCUACUUCUUCUUAAAGAUGAUUGCGAGCUCGAUCGUUUCUUGAAUCCGAACAUUCAAAUAGUAGAGUACUUGGUUUCAAGGGUGCUGAAUGAUGUGGUCAAAUUUUGAGAUCAUUUAUGACUUAGAGCCACAAUCUUGUCGAAAUCGCGCUACUGCCUCUUCGAAACUUCACUGGGAAAGGCUGUUUCAUAACGAGGGCUUGCGCGACCGAUGCAGAGUUUGUUCAUUAUUAGUGCAGACCUAGGAGAUGAGUAGCAAAAGUAUUCCACAGUACCUAUAAU